AUGCCUUUUGAAUCGCCUCCUACCUCAUCCUCAUCCUCAUCCUCAUCGCACAGCCAACAGCAACCAUAUCAACAUGUCAAUCAACAGCAACAACAACCACAGCAAAAAGUGUCAGUGGGCCGACUAAAUUCGCUCAAGAAAUCCUGCGAGCAAUGUAGAAAACGACGACGUGUCUGCAACUCGGAAAGACCCUGCGCUCACUGCAAAGAGGCAAAUCAAGAUUGCGUUUACAGCGUAGUGACAGACCAUUCUCGAGGCGUCUUUUCAACGCAGGCAGCUCGAAGACUCAGUUCAGGAUCAGCUUGUGAGACAUGUAGAAGAAGAAAGACAAAAUGUGAUGGAGCAAGUCCAUGUAAUUUCUGUGCAACGAACAAUAUUGAUUGUGUAAACAAUUCAGAGCGAAGACAUGUUAAUAAGCACCAUGGUGGCGGCAAAUCGACCAUCACUGGCGCAACAACAGCGGUUGCUCCAGGUGAAGCCAUGGAUCGUAUUGAAGAUAGACUCAGACGUAUUGAAAGACUAAUGACUGCAUUCACGCCCAGCCCUCUUUCCACCCCUUCAUUGCUCAUCACAAAUGAUCCUCAUCAUCUAAAAACAGGUGGUAGUCAUAAGGUCAGGCCUUGUCGUCAUUCCGUGCAAGGCAUCAAUGUAGCCAAAGAGCAAUUGGAGCUGAAGAGCAAAUACGAAAUCAAGCGACGAGCUUCGCCUUAUUCAUCGCCCACACGCUAUGGCUCACUUUCCCCGCCUCCUCAUCCAUCCACACCUCCUCCGCUGCCUCCUACAUCACCCGCGACAACAAGCCCAGUUUCGAUCAUGCGACCAUCCAAUUCACAAACAAGUAUAGCACAUUCCAUGCUCAACCUCUCGAUUUCGCCCUCCUCAUCGUCCACCAUGUCCAGUGGCGUAAACCUGAGCCAACCUUAUCCACUCGCUUCCACUUCAUCACCCUCUAUAUCCACACAGUCCCCCAUGUCCAUGUGGCCACUGUCACCACCCUCUUCUUCGGGAAGCACUAGCAAGCGGCAUGAACUGGAUAAGUUUUUGAUGGAGCAGCAGCAACAGCAACAGCAACAGCAUCUGCCAAGUCCACCGACCUCUGCACGCAGUACAUCGUCCCUUAAGCAGCAGCACGAUCACACCAAUGAAUGGAAGACUUCAGGUGCGAUUCCUAGUUUGAUGGAUCAACUCUCUAAAAGAACAUUUGCUACAUCAGCAGUAGAUUACACCAUUACACAUUAUCCCAUUUAUCCACUCACUCCACCGCCGAGUCAGUCUCGUACCUCGCCAUCAUUGCAACGACCCACAUCCUCAUAG